UACAGCCAUGGCGCUCUGGUGGAAGCUUCAGCGACACUCCCUAACGCUGGUGCAGAAGGUACCAACGAACGAGGCCUCUUCCUUCCUUUGAUUUAGACUCUUGCAACGCUUGCUAAUAUUCAAAGCUCGCUUUGGUAUACAGGAGGAGAGAGCGGCGGUGCUAGCCAUGAUUCAUUUGGCCUUGAGGCAUACCGUCUAAUUGUGUCAUUAACGCCGGAGUUUUCACCGCCAGCACCUGCAACCACGCACGCAGGGGAAAAUAUAUUCCAAAUCUCUGAAAUAUUGAAAUCUGUGACGGCGCGGUUUCAAUUUUUGGGGCAGUCUGGGACGGUGGAGCCAAUCGGUCAUCGGUUCGAUCCUCGCGGGAGACAGGUGUAUCGGGGUGACGGCAUCAGAUGUGCUGGUCCUCUCAUUUGACGCUCGUGCUGAGACAAUAACCCACGUAACGUUCCGUUCCCCGCUGGGAGGAUAGGAAGGGUUUAUACAGGAGAGGGGCUGUCUACGCGACAGGGGAUAGAACCGACCGAGCGCUGCUGCUACUGCCAUUGUGUAGGAAACGGCGUCACUUUUUCCUGUCUGACAACCGAGAAAUUCUACCAGCAGCCGAGCGAGAGAGAGAUGCCAUCAGGCAACGACGUAUGCGUGUCCCCGCCGCAAGGUGUCUUGUGAGAUGCAUGAAAGUGAGAGUGAUGCGUAAUCCCCCACCGCGUCCGUCUUGGAGGAGGAGGUUUGCGGAGGGUGUUGCCGGCUGGGCGUCUUGGAAUGCGCGCAGGAGGCCGGCGAAUUAGCAUCUCAAAUACCCCUAGCACCGCUGCUUGGCCCGCAGAAGGAAUUCCAAAUUUCGGGUGGAUGUGUGUGACGCGCGUUGCGGGGAGAAGGUGGGCCCUUUAUUAUUCUUCGAUCACCAGUAAUCUGGAAUAACGGCUAGAGGUAGGAGGCGAGGGAGGCUGGGACAUUACUGUAGCUGCUGCUAUGGGUGGGACUACGGACGGGGGAGACUCCGGGGCCAUGGGGGCCGCGACGACAGCUACAGGGAGGCGGGCAGAUUCACCGACAGGGAUUCGACACGAUUAAUGUAUUCAGAUAGCCUUGGUUGUUGUGGACGUACAGCAGACUGGUAGUGGUAGAGUCAAGCCGCCACCACGCACGUCUGGCUUGCAGGUAGGGGUCCUGUUGCGGGUGUUUUGCCGACCGGACGGAGAACUGUGGGAUGUGCUACGAUGACUGGCUCGGAGCAGCAGCAUCAGCAUCAGCACUCCGCCUCAACAUCCCCGGCCCACCGCGGCUCUGUCUCCAAGCAGAGCACCGUGGUCCGCCCGGUGGAUCGCAGAAAGUCCGGCGACACACUCAUCUUCCUGAACAUCGGAGGAUGCAAGUACGAAGUGUGGCAAAGCACCUUGGACCAGUACCCCGACACCGUGCUGGGCAGCAAGCUACGGGACCGCUUCUACGACGAGAAGAAGAACGAGUUCUUCUUCGACCGCGACCCGGGCCUCUUCAGGUAUAUUCUAAAUUUUUACCUUACGGGGACCCUUCAUGCGCCCGUGGUGGAAGACACCAGCGCGUUUGAUGACGAGAUAGGGUACUUCCAAAUCAAUCCCGAUUUCUACAUGGGUUUAUGUUGCUACGAAGGAUAUCUAGAUCGAAAGGGAUUUGACAUUAAGACGGGGAGAGUUCGCAAUUCGUUUGACGAGGAGGAGAAAACCCCGGAAAAGAAGGGGCCCCUCACCAUUCGCGAAAACCUUUGGGAGACGGUCGAGAACCCGCAGUCGAGCACCCAAGCGAAAAUCUUUUUCUACGUGACCGGAUUUUUUAUCGCACUUUCUGUUGGCGCUACUAUCAUAGAGACAGUGUUUUGUCAGGAGACUGUCAACCCGACGUUUGAGGAUGAACUGAGGCUUGCAAGAUGUAAGGUGAUCUUCAUGUGCAUAGAAACGGCCUGUGUGGUUGUGUUCACCAGUGAGUACUGUGUGAGAUUAUACGCCUCGCCGGAAAGAGUCAAAUACGCCAGGUCCUUCAUGUCUGUCGUGGACGUGAUUUCUAUAUUUCCGUUCUACGCUGGCCUGUGCCUUCCCGAGAGCAAUCAACUGCAAGGCGUUUUUGACACCACCCGAGUAUUCAGGGUGUUUCGAGUCUUCAAGCUAUGCAGGUCCUCUCCAGGUAUGAUCCUCCUCGGCAAGACACUGAAAAAAUGCGCCAGUGAUCUGAGUUCCCUCGUUAUGGCACUUAGUCUCCUUAUUCUCGUGUUCACUACGAUGUUGUACUACAUGGAAAAGAACUACGACGGCACACUGUUCACGUCCAUUCCCGCCGGGUUCUGGUUUACCAUCGUUACCAUGACGACCGUGGGGUACGGUGACAUGUACCCUUCCGGUUUUCUGGGGAAGCUCCUGACGGCGGUGUGGGCGGUGUCCAGUGUGAUCGUUCUGGCAUUGCCGCUGACUAUUCUAGUCGAUACGUUCACCAACAUCCGGGAAUCUAUGAUGAAGCCUACCAGGCGGAGAGAUGGGACCGAAGAGGAGUCCAACAACAACAACAAAUCUCCUGAGAAAACGGGGUCGAGCAAGUCUAGGAAGAGCAUAGAGACGGUUGAAACUGUGGUAGAAAUGAACGUUCUGAAUAAAGAUCCCACAGCAGUGGUGAAAGACUUGCUACAAGUCGAUGUAACCAACGACAAGCGGCCCCCGUCUCGAACCCCGAGUGUAGCUUCCGAAGAAAAGACUGAAAAGUCUGAAAAAGCGGAAAAGAAUUCCAUAACAAUCAACGUGCCGACCGAAAAUAAGACGUCGGAUGUAAGUGAAGAGAACAAGAAGAAUACCUGCAACACGAGUUCAACUAAAAACGUUUCCGAAGACGAUAACAAAAACGCCCCAAACGAAAACGAAGAAAACAUGAUUGACAAAAACGUUCCCAACGAAAACGAAAAGAACGCGAAAAACGAAGUCACAGUCACCCAACCGACCGAGAGUAUCAAGACUGGCGACGUCAAAAAGACCGGGCACAACAGGAAUAAAAGUUCCAGAAGUUCCAAUACCAGUAAAAAUAGCGGCGUGUCAACAAACGACUAUCCACCUUCUGCAACCGCGACGCUUUCUGAUCAAGACUCGGCGUCGCAACAUUCUAUAGACACUAGAGUUUAGCAAAUACCAAUAACACAAAUAUUACAACCACAGGGCAAUACAAUACACCAAUAUUGCCACGCAGUACCGUCUGCUUGGAUAUUGAGCCAGAACGUUUAUUGCGGUGUAACUGAAUACACCAGUGCCCCUUCGAAAAAUCACUUAAAAAAGGAAAACAAAAAGCCUGUCUGGUGAUACCUGAAGUUUAUUCCCUGGAACCCUGAUCUGUAAAAAUGUGGAAUCGGGACCAGGUCUCCCGGAGGUUGGCGAGCAACGACAAUUGUUCUUCUUAGACAAGUUCUUCACCGUAAAGAUCAGGCGUAUGAACUGGGGCGAUGAACCGUCUUACGGCUGGCGAGGUCCACUUCUUCAACGCAGACAUUGCCACCACUUUAUCACGGGACGCAUUCUGUCGUAACUGGAUACUAAACGCGAAUGGAAUAAUAACAACCAACAACGGAAAAUUGAGACAAGAAGGAGUGACGUUCGCGUAUUGAAAAUGAUGAAAUUGUGUAUGGCUGACUCGUUCACGAAGGCGCAUCAUUUAAUAUUCGAUUGAAAUCGACAUUUCGGAGGCGGCAGCCAUCUUGAAAAGAAGCACCAUUGAUCGAUGUAUCGAGAAAGGAAUCUGCUGACAAACAAAAAAUACCUUCACCACGUUUCUAAUGUACGAGAAAUUAGAGAUAUUCGGAUCAAUUCUAAAACGUAGAGUCAAAAACAGCCACAGAAAUAAUAUGAUAAAGAUCUUCCACUACUGUAGAAAGGACUAGAAUUUGACACAAAUUAAUUUCAAACUGCAAACAAGAUCACCGGACUGUUUCUCGCCAGGACUGAUGUAAACACAACGAUGUAAAGAAGGACAAAAAACAAUUCGGAAGGUUUGUCAAUUCGUAGUCUUCCUGCGGGUUCGUGUUCGGAGAAAAAACAUCUACCAUAUCUUAAGACGUCACCGUGCUAAUAUCAAGAUGGCGGAUUCUGAAAAUCGCGUUGUUUACUUGGAAUGGCGAUCUCACUGUGGGCAAAGCUAAUCCAAACUGUAGAUACAAAGACUAUUAAGGGCAAUACCUAGCUGAAGGGAAAUUUUCUACCAAAUCUUAGGUAGAAGUUAGGAACAAAAAAAAAGGAUUAGAUCUAAAAAUGCAGGUAGACUGUAGAAUUUAUAAAUAGCAUCGAAAAAGCAAUAUUCAACUUUCAACAACGUGCAUGAACGAACCAUGUGAUUGUGAAUAGAUUAAAACCCUCAAAAUCUGCAGAUCCAUGCAAAAAAACUGGCCACAAAGACCCCUUCCAUCACUGUACAUGUUCAUUAGACUGCUCAAAGUGAUGACAACACCCAUUUGUAGAUAACGUGACCCGAAUCACCCAUUUCAACCACCUUACUAAAAAGAUAAAACUGAUUAUAGUAGAACCACAGACAUUUGCAAAAUAAUUCAACGAAUUACCGGUUAUGCAUAAAAUAUAGUGUAGGAUACUGAAAAGGAUCGCAACGUACUAUAGAUAUACUAAAAGGAUAGCUUAAUGCAUUGAGUUGGAUUACAGUGAACGCGCUACUAUUCCGUGCACAUUAGACGCUAUGAACUGUCCUCAAAAGAACAUCCAUUGUUUAACCAGAUGAGUCGUGUUGCCACCGUGUAGCUACAAGGGAAUCUUCAUUCCCUUCUCUCGCAUUAAAAACACACAGUGCAAUAUCUGUAGAUAUUAUCGACCCAUCCGAGACGACAACAGAAAAAUGCUUCCCCAAGGACCUUACUUAUAACAUGUACCAAUAUUCGGAGAGGCAUCUUCGGGUGUGAACUAUCGUGCAUGAUGAAAAACCCUCCAGGAGCGUCUAAAUGACGGAAUCUGCUUCUGAAUCUCUGAAUUAUACUAUGUAUAUAUUGUCUGGAUUUUCCUGCGGGGUAUCCUCGUUGGAGAAGUAUUCCCUUGGGAUCGUGACGUCACAACACACGUUCCGAGGAUGGAUGAGGGAAAACAUUUGCACGUCUGAAGAAGAACCACUUCAACAAUCCAUAUCUGUCCACGAGUCAACGUACGAAGAACGUCUAUCGAAGAGCACAUGCAUGGAUGAAAAAACGUACUCUCAAUAAGAAAUAUGCAAUAUUAUAAACUACUAGGACGUACGUACGCUGUGGAAAGAGACUGAAAGAAAGAAAGAAACACACAGUAUUGCCGCCAUUUUUACACUCAUUCGCAUGGGAUUUAAACCCGCCAUCGUCGGUUGUGUUGGGAUCGAACCUGGGACUACUCCCUAGGGGAAUGCACCAUCCUGAACCUAAGGUAACGCAUUGUUGAGAUUAGGCGAACAUAUCUCUCUACCAUCGAACCCUGCACCCUCCGAUCGUAUCAAAUUUCCACCCGGUACCCGAUACGGGGGGUAAUUUUAUUAGCCUAAAACUGGAAACAUUUUCGGCGACCGCUAAAAGGUGGGAUAUUAAAUAUUCACGAGUUGGCUUGAUGCAUGAGAGCAAUUUUGGGGCGUGGCUGAUAAAAAAAAGUUGAAUUAUAUGCUUGACUUCUUCUAUUCACACUUUCAUAAAGCCGGCCCCAUGAAUAAUUUCUGAACCAACGCCAGUUUGCAACAAAAGUUACAUAACCUGAUUACCAAGCCAAAAUGAUGAAUAGUUCGGUGAAAGAUGGAGCGAAAGAUACGAAUAUCACGCAGUGUUUACAUAUCAAUACAUGCACCACGAACUUUCGCACUUUCUCACCGAUCCAUGAGUCAAAAUUUCAAGAACUGAUCCUCAUUUUUUUUCACAAGAAACGUCCUUAUAGAUUGCUUUAAUCAUGAAAAUACAUGGUUAUGAAAAAGAUCACAAAUAUCUGUUAAUAGGAUAGCGAGGAUGGGUGAUGGUAGAGUGAUAUAAUGUCGCCGGAAUACGCUGCAUGCACUUUUAUACGGACUUACCUUGUUACUAUAAGUACAACUUAGAGGUACAGACAGUCAUCUUAAAAAAGAAAAACGGAAAACUAUUCAAUGACUUCCACGACGAAUGGAAACGUUAUGUACAAAUUUAAUAUAAAUGUGAAGAAUAUAUUUACCCGAUAGUGAUUAAAUAAUAAGCAUCUAUAGUGAGUGCUUUAAAUAUUUGGUCUUUACAUGAUAAUUAUCAAUCGUUCAAAAACCGUGCGAUAUACUGAGUUGACCAAUAAUCAGAAUAUGCAAUUAUCUGGUUUCGAUUAUCACCCUUGCCACAGAGGAGCUACUCCUUUAUUGUCUAGCAUGUGUGUAACAGUAGGUGAUGUUAGAAAUUAUAAUGAAAUACAAAACCUAAGAGAA